UCAAGCUAAGAGCUGACUGUUCUGCCAGGCUUGGACUUGUAAAUUAGGAGGACACACUGUGUCACACGAGUUCCUCGACUUACCAGACUGCCCAAUCCCUCUCCUGGGACGCGACCUCCUUACCAAGUUAGGGGCACAAAUCUCCUUCAAACCAUCAGGCCAAGCCACUAUGUCACUGCAGCCCCUGUCAGAGGGACUUCUUCUGUCUAUCACCACUCUGAGGGAAGAAGAAUGGAGGCUCUACGGGACCGGCAGUGUAGAACAGAACCCAGAUGCCUACAAGGCAUAUUUCCCGGAGGUUUGGGCUGAAGAUAAUUCGCCUGGGCUAGCAAAACAUAAGGCCCCAGUUUUGGUGGAACUGAGACCCAGAGCUCAACGCGAAUGGCUACGUCAAUACCCCAUCCCCAGGGAAGCUCAGGCAGGGAUUCAAAAACACCUCCCCCAUCUCAGAGCAGCAGGGAUACUCAUAGAAUGUCAGUCACCAUAGAAUACACCCCUCCUGCCAGUAAGGAAGCCUAAUGGAGAAUACCGGCCAAUACAAGGUUUAAGAGCGGUAAACCAAGCCACAGUCUCCCUACACCCCAUAGUCCCAAAUCCAUGUACUCUCCUCAGUCAGCUGCCCCUGGAGUCCGGAUGGUUCACCUGCCUGGACCUGAAAGAUGCAUUCUUCUGCAUUCAGUUGGCGCCCCAGAGCCAAUCACUGUUCACCUUUGAAUGGACUGAACCUGAUACCGGCCGGCAGCUCCAGCUGACAUGGACUUGGCUCCCACAGGGCUUCAAAAACUCCCCAACUCUCUUUGGGGAAGUGCUAGCCUCAGAUUUAGCCACCUUCCCUUGAGAAGAAUACUGCUGCACCCUAUUGCAAUAUGUGGAUGAUCUGCUCCUAGCCUGUGCCACCGAAACUGAGUACCAAACCGCGACGCGGGCACUCCUGUCCCACUUAGCCAAGACAGGGUAGAGAGUCUCCUGGAAGAAAGCCCAGCUCUGCAGAAAACAAGUACAAUACUUGGGCUUUGUCAACUCCAAAGGACAGCAGGCCCUCAGCACUGAGCGGAAGAACGUCAUCACUUCCCUCCUUCGGGCCACCAACUGGAGAGCGCUCCGUGAGUUCCUCGGGGCCGCCGGCUUCUGCCGGCUCUGGAUUCCUGGCUUUUCAGCAAUAGCCCGGCCCUUAUAUGAGGCUCUAACUGGUCAAGAAAAGGCCCCCAUGCUAUGGACAGAAGAUCAAGAACACGCCUUCCAGUAGCUCAAGAGCUCACUUGGACAGGCCCCAGCCCUUGGGUUACCUGAUGCUGAGAGGCCAUUCCACUUAUUCGUCCAUGAAAGAGACAAAAUAGCCUUAGGACUGCUGGCCCAAACAAUUGGACCAUGGCUCCGUCCCAUUGCCUACCUCUCAAAGAAAUUAGACCCAGUAGCAACGGGUUGGCCACCAUGCCUGUGGGUCCUAGCAGCCACUGUGGUUCUCAUUAAAGAGGCAGAGAAGCUCACCUUAGGUCAGAGACUUAUAGUUAAAGUACCCUACUCAGUCACCACCUUAAUGAACAGUCAAGAACCCCGAUGGCUGUCGAAUGCAUGGCUGACUCAGUAUCAAGGGCUACUCCUGGAAAACCCUUGGAUCUCAUUAGAAACUGUGUGCACCCUGAACUCAGCCACUUUCCUGCCAACCGAGGAAAGGGAUCCAGAACAUGACUGUAUAGAGGUUAUCAACGAGGUCUACGCCACCAAACCCGACCUCCGGGACAGCCCACACCCUAUAACCCAGACCAGUAUAUUCUGUAUACUGACGGCAGCAGCUUCCUGAGGGAUGGAAAACAUCACGCGGGGUAUGCAGUAACUACCACAGAUGAGGUACUUGAGGCAGGGGUACUUCCAUUGGGAUGGUCGGCCCAACAGGCAGAACUAUGGGCACUAAUAAGAGCCCUUACUCUAUCUGAGGGCCGAAAAGUCAACAUCUACACCAACUCUCGGUAUGCCUUUGCAACCGUCCAUAUCCAUGGGGCUAUGUACAAAGAAAGAGGCCUUCUGACUGCAGACGGAAAAACUAUUAAAAAUACACAAGAAAUUGUUAAGCUCCUACAAGCCAUUUGGCUUCCCCAGCAGGUAGCAUUUAUCCAUUGUCGGGGCCACCAGAGAGGCAACGAGCCCUCAGCAAUCAGGAACUGGCUCACUGACACCACGGCUAAAUCAGCGGCAAUGGGAAGCCAUAGUGAACUACUCUUAGUCACUAUCACUACCACCAUGUCCCUCCCACAGUACACAAAAGAAGAACUCAGAUGGGCAAAGUCAGAAGGGGCCACCAGAUUGCCACAAGUGUGGUGGCAGCUGCCCGAUGGAAGACUCUUCAUCCCAGCCCUUCUAGAUCCUCAAGUAACCGCUGAAUAUCACAAGUUAACCUACUUAGGAAAAACUGCUCUCGAAGGCCUCCUAGCCAAAAACUUCUACAUCAGCCAGCUGUCAGCUCUUUGCAAGUCAAUCGGAGAACGCUGCCUCACUUGUGCAAAGAACAAUCCAAAGUCCGGCGCUAACCCCAUCCCUGGGAUUCAGAGAAGCAGUACCACACCUUUUGAGGACCUCGAAGUUGACUUCACUGACGUGACAAACUGCCGGGGUACUAAGUAUUUGCUGGUCCUGGUCUGUACCUACUCUGGGUGGGUCAAAGCCUUCCCCACUCUGACUGAGAAGAACCGCGAAGUAGCCAAGGUCCUCCUCAGGGAGAUUAUCCCCUGCUAUACGGGAUUCCACUUUCUAUCCACAGUGACAACGGCCAGCUUUCAUAGCAGAACUCCUCCAGAUGGUAACCAGAGCCAUGGGCAUCAACUGGAGACUCCAUACAGCAUACCGACCACAAAGCUCAGGGAAAGUUGAAUGCAUGAACUGUACCCUCAAGGAGACAUUAGCUAAACUCCACCAGGAGACCUCCCUAGGUUUCAGGCAUCGUUCCGUGGAUCCUUCACACUCGGGUUAAAAGAGUCCAGCUGGAGGACGACACCUGGAUUGCCCAGCCUGACCCGGCCCGUCCACUCCGUCUGACCCUCAGGAACAGCCCGGAUGAGCCUCGCCGUCGUCUGCCCGGCCUCCAUCUUCGCCAUCAUUGAACUCCUCCUAUUUCUAGCCUUUGCUGGUCCUCUUGGCUCCUACCCCUAGCCGGCCCACUCCUCACGAUCCUCCUCCUUGCUACCAUCAGGCCAUGCAUAGUUAACACUGUCAUGCGUUUCAUAGAGACCUCCGUCACCCGUCGGGCUACAGCCUGAAUCCUUGCCCCACAGGGUUAUCGUCCUUUUAGCCAAUAUGAUGAUCUCUAAGUUGUUACCACUUACGAUCAUCAACAGGGGGGACAUGAUGGGGGAACUGACCUAAAAUGGUGACCCAAGCAAAGAGAGAAGUCCCCAGCCUAAGCCCCAGCCCACUUCCGCAUAACCCCCUGCAAGCCACACCCCCAA